GCUACUCGUUUCUGCCAACAGGUGACGCGUGACGAAGCCCUAUGCUGUAGUUUUACUACGAUAAAAUAUUUUUAUUCAGAUUUAUCCGCCAAUUGUGGUGAUAGACCGACAUCAGGAUCUCUGACACAUGGCAAUGCGAUUGAGGAAGUGUAAAAGAAAACUGGUUUUCGUGACAUUCUUGAUAAUAAUAAUAAUAGUUUUUGCUGGCUUUAUGAUGCACAAAGAGACGAGCUUUGAGGUCGAGAAUAACAUACGUGAUAAAUCUGGUCAGAGAGGGGAAGGAUUUUCUUCAUCGGGAGCUUUAAAUGUAGAGAUUUGGAAGGAUAUCUGCGGACACAAGAUGCAGUCACUAAAACAUUUUCCACUCUUUCCGCAUCGACCAUCAACACGUCUACGAACGUCAGCUUUGCACCUUCAUUUUCGGCAAGAAUUGGAAAAUUCAGGACUACGAAUAUUUGGAUUUCUGUCUCCCAUCGAGUCUGGGGAUUAUAGUUUUCAUUUAGAUACAAGUGAAACUUCAGAACUUUGGAUAAGCUCGGACUCAAGGCCAGAGAACAGCAAAUUGAUCGCAAAUUCAACUUUCCGGGUUGCUUGGAAAUUUGACAGGCAUGACAGUUUAGUAUCGCUUCUCGCUGGAAAGCUUUAUUAUUUAGAAGUUUUACUCAAACAUGGAAAAUUUGAGAGGAAAUUUUGUCAUUUUGAGGUAAAAUGGAAGUCAUCUUCGUGGAGAGUAGAUGAUAUAAGAGAAAUCCCUCCGAAUGUGUUUAUUGCUCGUGAUACGAUUGAGGAAGCUGGAACAUUUGAUUACAACAAAAAUUUGGUUCUCCCUAUGCACAAUAAACGCCAAGAUCCUAGCUUUGCAACGGAGGAAUUACAACGCCGUGCAGAAAUGUAUCACCUUCCUUUCAUCAUUGAGAGUGAUUCUAAAGAUCUUUUUCCUGCAUGUGACUACAAUCCUUCAUACCUGGUGAAAGGACCUUUAGAAAGGUACCAGUCCACUUGGGAGUUACACUUUUCAUCCAUUUAUCCAUUUGACUACGGUGAUAUCUUGUGGAAGGAAAGGGAAGAUUUUCUUUCAUUUGGCAAUGACAUUUUGGAUGAAAAUGUAGCAGAAGCAGUUGUUUCCCAAGUCUGGACUCAGAUCGAAAAAAAGCAUCCAAGGUGAGCCAUGCACCAGGUGAUUCAUUACAACAUCCUGGGUUUUUAUGUUUCUUUUGCAAUCUGAUACGUAUAACACAAAUUAUUAAUACACUUUGAGUUAGGACUGGUCUUUCUUCGACUUACAAAAAAGACGUCUGAAACGUAACUUGGGAGGUGUCAUCAAAGAGCUUUGAUUGCUGAAUCGUAAUGUUUAACAUCUUAAAUUGUGUCUGUGACAUUGUACUGGGGCCUGCAUGUGAGUACGCUAUAUAAUGGCUUAUAAGCAGAGGCUCCGUUCGAAAGGUGUACCAUUGUCAGGCUCGGUUAGAGUAGUAUAUGAAAGGGUUGGGAAAUCUCUCAUUCGGUCUGUGAAAGGACCUUAAAUGCUAACAAGUGCAUUUUAUGGAUGUGACAAUAACCUGGUUUAGUGAUUUAUUCAUAUUUAAACUAGAAAUACGUUUUCGCAAAAAUUUUGCGAAGCUAACAGGUUAAGCAGUGAGAAUAAACAGUAAGGUUCGUUACAAUUAAUAGUGUUGAAGCAUUUUUCUCUGCCAUUCACAAUGUUUCAACCGUGUGGAGCUGUAUUUAUUAUGAAUUCAAAGAUACAUUUGAGGAAAAAUAGCUCAAGCGAGUACUUCAAAACCAUUUUGCAUUAUUUCCGUGUUUAUUCGCUCUCGGGCUUUAUAUAGGCCGCUCGAUUUAACGGAGUGGUCUUCUUCGCUACUCUCGCUGAAGUUCAGGUCACCGUUCUUUCGGUGUUAAACCUUCCACGGCGAGGGUUUCCAGCCACUUGUCCAAUCGGGCACUGUUGUGCCUCAGAAAUAUUUUUCGAUUCGCAAACGUACAAUAAACAGAGGAUGAAUAUUCUUGGUUUUCAUGACGUCACCAAAAUUCAAACUAAGAAACUAUCGCUUCUUCUAGAGCACCUUAAAACUUCUAUACAAACAAAUUUUCAGUUCAAAAGGAUUCUUCGUUUUGCGAUACAGGACGCUUGAAUUUCCAGGCUUUUGAGUGACGCGGCAUUUAGCUUGCGGCCAAGAAAGCUCUUAUGUGUGUUAAAAACAUUGCGGAUUUUUGGAGAUUUUGCUAUCUAAACAUUCCUUGUCUUAGAAUAAAUAUUCCUUUAAUCUUUAUGAGUUCCUCAAGCGGAGAAUUCACGCAUAAUUAGGAAAACUCAAAAGCAGAUGUUUCUGUUAGUUUCCGGCGGCCAUAUUUGUGCCCAUGGAAGGGACACAAACAUGGCGCCUGCAUACAAGGCUUUAUAAAUUUGGGUAAAACGUUUUUCCGACUAUCUCUCAUAUGAACUGUUCCAUAGACCUGAUUCUUGGCAACGCUUUUUUUAUAUUUAUCUUCUUUCAUUUCCCAGAUUCUAGACUUUCUGUAUUAAAAGGUUUCCAUUUUUAUUUCUGCUUUCUCAAGAGAGUGAAAACCGAGAAUAAAAUGAGCCCAAGUCACUGGCAUGGCCGUGUUGCCUGGAAAACCCAAAAUGCACCAUGACGUCAUGUUGAACGGCGUCUUUAGGAUUUGUGUAUGGCUUGUUGCUAGGCAACUACGGAUACCAAACCCAUAGAAAGAUGGCCAAAGCGAAAUCGCAGUUCGCUUGCGAUCCUCGCGUGAUCUGCGCGCUGUGCGCGCGACAAAAUUAUAAACUCGCUCCGCGAGAAAGAGAGUGCUUUUACAGUAGUACUAGAAAAACAUUUUCGCAAAAAUCUCGCGAAGCUAACAGGGUCAGCAGUGAGAAUAAACAGUAAAAAGCCAAAGGGUAAAAAAAUGAUGAAAGAAAAAAAAUGGAAGUAGCUACACCGAGAGUGCUUUUACAGUAGUAAAAAGUAAUACAGCGUUCUAAACUAGUAUAUGAAAGGGGUUCCAUUUGUCAAUAAAAAAAUAUAUCAAAGGGGUUCCUUCUAGAAAGGAUAAGCGGUUGGACCUCGGGGUGGAGUCUACAAUAUAAAAUUUUAUGCGUAUGCUCAAAAUUAUGGUAGCAUAAUCCGUCAUACCACACUCAUUUUCCUUCAAUAUAGGAAAUACACUUUUGUACGAACCCUUAAUGUGGAGGAAAAUCACGACCCAGGGACCGGAGACAGGUACUUGGUGGAAAUGGAACUGAAAGAAAUUUCAGAGGGAAAGUCUGUGAGAUUCUCAGAGUAUGUCUACAGACCUUGGGGUGCACACACCCUCUGUACCCCUGUGGGCGUGACAUGGAACAAAAGUGCUGUUAUAAACAUUUUGGUAACAACAGGAAAUAACCAGGGACGGUGGAUUCUUCACUUCCUUGAUAACAUGACAAGAAUUUACAACAGAACCAAGGAUACCAAUUUUAAUGUAGUUAUCUUUGAUUUUGAUAGCAGAGACAUUGAUCUUGGAAAUGCUCUGAAAAAGGCGACAAUUCCAUCUUAUCAAUAUGCUAAUUCAAAGGGAAAUUUUUCAAGGGCCUUGGGGCUACAGAAAGCUGCCGAAAUGGUCAGGGAUCCAAAUUCAAUUCUUUUUACUAUGGAUCUUCAUCUUGAUAUUCCUUAUCAUUUCCUGGAUGAUGUUAGAAAGGUUAGUGAAGCGUAGUUGUUCUGGGCAGGGAGGUUUCGGGACAGCCCGGGGGUAUGGGAACUUUCAUUCAGAUCAACUUGACUGGCACCUUUUAAUUAUAUUAAAAUCCCAGGGAUAUAGCUAGGCUUUGUCCAGAGUAAUGUAUACACAGUUUUCUGAGUCAACCCUAAGGUUGGAUUUCCACUGACGCGUAAAUUUUACGCGGGAACGCACAUAAAGUUUACACACGUAAGUAAAAUAGACACAAUGUAUUGGAGGUCGUGCGUAAAGUAAAAGUUGAACCUUAAUCAACUUUUACGUUUAUGCGCGACACUUCAUACAUGCUUUUUUUUUUACGACCGUAAAAUUUAUGUGCGUACCCAGGUAAAAAUUACGGGACAGUGGAAAUCAAUGCCUUUUUUUUAUCUCUGACGUUUUUUUACAUUGAGUAUCCUCGAACAGGUAGCCACGCCCCUAAAACCCCAAAGAAAGCAGGGUGUAUCCGAAAAGGGAGGAGAUACAUGAAAAACGAACAAAAAAACAGUAUCGACUAGCACAUUUUAGGAGAUUGAAUCGGUAUCAAUGUGUUUUUGCGCAUAAUUAAAUUUUAAAAAUGAUCAUGUUGUUCGUUGCGUUUUUUUUUCUGAGAGGUUAAAAAUCACUAUGUUUAAGAAGCCUAAAUAUGUGUGCAAUCAAACACUUACGUUCGGAUCUUUGCCCAAACUAAAAAAAUGCAAAUGAUUUAACAGUUUUUUGCUCAUUAGAAGGAGCACACCUUCAUUUAUACAUUGAAUACAUCGGUCUUACUUUUGCUUUUGUCCUGGUCAUUAUCUUUCAGCACUCCGUUCAACACAAGAUUGCUUACUCUCCUCUUCUUGUCCGCUUAGAUUGUGGAGCAACAACUUCUGAACCUUUUGGCUAUUGGGAAAUUCAUGGUUUAGGAUUGAUAACUUUGUACAAGGGUGACUGGGACAAAAUUGGAGGAAUGAACGUCAGGGAAUUCAAGGAUAAGUGGGGUGGGGAGGACUGGGAAUUUGUGGAUCGGUUACUGGAAGCUGGGAUGGAAGUAGAAACGAUUAAGAUGAUGCAUUUUUUUCACCACUACCAUUCAAAGAAAGGCAUGUGGAAUAACAUUUAACUCCAUUCAUUAUUUGUGGAAUCGCAAUUAACAGACGGUUAAUACAACUUUCACAAUCAUGAUUAGCCUGCGAAUACAGCCGUUUCUCCUCGUCCCAAGCGGCGAGGAACGAGGAGAAAUGGCCGUACUUGACGGCAACAAGUGUUUUGGCAUAAUUUGACCAGCAUGUCAGUGAGUAACGCGGUGUCUGGUUUCCAUUGUCUUCGAUUUGACAGGAACAAAACAAGAGAGCGCUGUGGCUUUUUCCUGAAGUUAAGGAAAAUUCUCUCGUAGGAAUUAGAAGUUAUUUACAUUUUACAUACAUACAUAUACAUACAACCGUUAUUUAUACACGAUAU